UGGUCCCCGGGGCUGGUUCCGCUCCUCGCAUGGGACAUUCCUGCCGAGCGGCCCCUCCCUAAAGCCCCUCAGUGCGCAGACUCCGGCUCUGCGCUGUCAGGGCAAGGCAGUCUGACAGUAUGGCGGCGGGGUGCAGCUGGAAGGAUGCUACAGUCGCCCGUGAUGCGUCUGUUGCCGGCAGGACGUGAAUGGACCUUUGACGGCAGAGAGAGCAGAGGAUCCAGCGCGAAAGGCCCGUCGCCGUGAGCUCCGAAGAUGGCCAGGCUCGCCGACUACUUCUUAGUUGUCGGCUACGACCUCGACAAGCGAGUGGAGGGUGAAGGUCAAGGUCGCAUUCUCCAGCGGUUUCCUGAGAAAGACUGGGAGGACAGCCCAUUCCCACAAGGCAUAGAGCUGUUCUGUCAGCCCAGUGGUUGGCAGCUGGCUCCUGAGCGGCAGCCUGCCACCUUCAUUGUAGCGGUUUUGACUGACAUCAACUCGGAGCGUCACUACUGUGCCUGCUUCACUUUCUGGGAGUGCCUGGAUAACCCGCAGCUGCAGAAGGCGGAGGCCAGUGAGUUGGAUGAGGUGGAUGAGGAUUUGGCUGUCGUCCAGGCAACGAAGGUCUUUGCCCCGAAGAGCCUGGUGCUGGUGUCCCGACUGGACUACACCGAGGUGUUCAGGAACUGUCUGGGUCUGGUCUACACCAUCUACGUAGAUGGCCUGUCUGCCCCUUUGGAAACAGUGAUCGGGAAUCUCCUCACCUGUGUCAUCCCCAUCGCUGGAGGCUCCCAGCCGGGCCAGGAGGAGAGAGAGGAGAGAUUGAGGACGAUAACGUUAGGUGCUGGCGACCGGCAAGUUAUCCAGACUCCCAUCGAUGACUCGCUUCCUGUCAGCGGCAGCAGUGUGGCCCAGCUCUUCAGACAGCUUGGUAUAGUCAACGUGUUGUAUCUGUUAUGCGCUGCCCUGACGGAACAUAAGAUCCUGUUCUUGUCCUGUAGCUACCAGAGACUCACGGACGCUUGCCGCGGACUGUUGGCCAUCAUGUUCCCCCUUAAAUACAGCUUCACCUAUGUUCCCAUCCUACCUGGAAAACUAAUAGAGGUCCUAAGCACUCCCACCCCCUUCAUCAUUGGUGUCAAUUCGUUCUUCCGCUCCGAAACACAAGAACUGUUGGAUGUGAUCGUUGCCGACCUGGACGGUGGUACGGUGACCAUUCCAGAGUGUGUCCACAUCUCCCUGCUGCCUGAACCGCUCCUUCAGCAGACACAGACUGUGCUGGCAAUGAUUUUGGAUCCAGAGCUUGAAAUUGCUGAUCAUGCCUUUCCCCCAGUCUCUUCACAACCCUCUGCACUUAAGAUCCAGGAUAAGGAGAUCCGUGCAGUGUUCCUGUGGCUGUUCGCUCGGCUCUUCCAGGGCUACCGCUGGUGUCUACACAUCAUUCGCAUUCACCCUGAACCAGUGAUCCGCUUCCACAAGGCUGCCUUCCUGGGCCAGAGAUCGCUGACAGAGGACGAUUUCCUGAUGAAGGUGUUGGACGGCAUGGCAUUUGCAGGUUUCGUGUCAGAGAGGGGGCCUCCUUACAGAGCCACUGACCUAUUUGAUGAUCUGGUAGCCAAUGAGGUGGAGCGGAUACGGCAAGAGGAGGCGUGUCCACACAAAGUCAUGAACCAUGUCAAGGAGCUCGCUGAGCAGCUCUUCAAAAACGAGAAUCCCUACCCCGCAGUGGCGAUGCACAAGGUCCAGCGGCCGAAAGAAAGCAGACAGAACGAGGCACCGAAUCAGACGCCCUUUCCUGGGCUGGACGAUGUUGCAGUGCAGCUCUUCAUCGACCACGCUUCCGCCAAGCUCAAGAGUGCACCUCCCGUGGUCAAGGCGGAGCUCAAGGCCAUGGUGCCUUCUGGGCCCCCACUGGGAGACAUUGUGGAUAGAAACGGAAACGUGAUGGCCAACAGCGCCCGCAGGCUGGAGGUGGUCAGGAACUGCAUCACAUACAUCUUUGAGAACAAGAUGCUGGAGGCAAAGAAGCUGAUGCCAGCUGUACUUCGGGCAUUGAAGGGUCGGGCAGCCCGGGUUUGUUUGACCCAGGAGCUCAAUCAGCAUGUCCUGCAGAACCGAGCUGUGCUGGAUGACCAGCAGUUUGACUACAUAGUCCGCAUGUUGAACUGCACCUUACAGGCAGCUGAAAAACAGGACAGAACAUUAAGCACAUACAAUGCAGUGGACUGUUCACACAUGGAUGAACAUGGCAUCGCAGCGGCCCUGCUACCAUUGGUCACGGCCUUCUGCAGAAAACUCGGCUCAGGCAUCACUCAGUUUGCCUACAGCUGUGUACAGGAGCACAUGGUGUGGACCAACAUGCAGUUCUGGGAGGCCAUGUUCUACAGCGACGUCCAGAACCACAUCAGGGCUCUGUACCUGGAAUCAGAGGAUGGAGAGCAGCAGAAGAACCUGGAGCAGCAGGACGGCUCGGGUGAAGGGAGGGAAAUCAGCGCCCUGGAGCUGGCGUCAGAGCAGAACAGGCUGUGGCCGACACUUAGUAAGGAGAUGCAGAUGGAGCGUGUACAGAAGGAGGAGAGCACGGUGUUCAGCCAGGCCAUCCACUACGCUAACAGGAUGAGCUACCUGCUCCUGCCGCUGGACACCAGCAAGAACCGGCUGCUGAGGAACACAGGCCUCGGAGACGUAGAGAGCGUUAGCAACAGCUACGUCACAAACAGUAUUGCAGGCAGCAUGGCGGAGAGCUACGACACAGAGAGCGGCUUUGAAGACGCAGAGAGCUCAGAUGUGGCCAACUCUGUGGUGCGCUUCAUCAACCGCUUUGUCGACAAAGUGUGCAAUGAGAGCGGCGUGACCAACGAGCACCUUAAGGCUCUCCACACCAUGAUACCGGAUAUUGUUCAGAUGCACAUUGAGACGUUAGACGCAGUCCACAGGGAGAGUAAGAGACUGCCUCCAAUCCAAAAGCCCAAGCUGCUGAGGCCGAUUCUGUUGCCGGGUGAGGAGCUGGUGAUGGAUGGCAUGCGGGUCCACCUGAUUCCCGACGGCCGCGAGGAGGCCACAGGGAUGAUGGGAGGUCCACCUCUGCUUCCCGCCGAGGGUGCCAUCUUCCUCACCACCUACCGGCUCAUCUUCAAGGGCACCCCUACAGACCCACUGGGUGGAGAGAACAAACGACACCCGCGCUCAGUCUCGUCGCUGCACUGUGACCUGAAGUAA